CUGACCCGGUUAACCCCCGGGGGUCGCUCAUGUCGUAUACAACAUGAGACGACUCUCGUUACUAUUUUUAGAAUAUCUCCGGGGGAAAAAAAUGUAUAGAACUUGAUUGAGCAGUGCAGGGUUGAGGUUAUACAAGCAUUAAUACACAAGGAGACCAGGCGAACCAAAAAUUGGGAAAAAAAUGGCUUGUGUGCAGUGAGUGUGUGCACAGAUGUUUUACACCACAACACACCAAAAAGCAGAGGAAAACAUAUUAACCCCACUGCAAACUACACAUCUAAAUUAACCAACACAUCAAGCAAGGGCAGUAAUAGUCUCUGACCAACAUUAACACUGUUUACACACAGACAUUGAUGAAAGGGAGCACAACAGACCUUGAGCAGCUAAUGUUAAGUUAAUACCAAUCAUGCCCUCGUUUUUACACAACAAAUGUAACUAAACCCAUCUGGUGGUAGUAAUUUGUGCAUGCCGAGAUUCCCCACAUAGACGUCCCCCUAAUGAUUCGAUACAUUACGUAGAAUUGCAUCUUAGAGAACAUAACACACGUGUUAAAAUAAAAUGAAGAUGACGGCGCGUAUAAACGCAGCGGCUUGGUACUCUAUGCUAGUGCUAGCUACUAGCUAGUACUGCUAGUGCUAAGUGCAGAACAGAAUUUUGUUGUACAAUGUACAAUGACAAAAAAGUUGUCUAAUUCUAAUAAUUAUAAGAUUCGUUCCCUUACUGCUCUUUCUCUUUGACAUGCGUGUAUUGUUUGCAUUCGUCUUCUUCGUUGUCUUCUUCCUCUUCUUCGGCGAAUAAUACACACACAGACCAACUUCCGGUAUGGACUUCCGGUAUGGAUUGGAUAUAUGGCGGCGCCCAUGUCCGCUAUCAUGUCUGCAGACAGGACCUACAUAUGGGAGAAGAAUAAUGAAGGGGUAUCUCGCCAUGAAAGGAGUGCAUGCUGCAGAGACACGAAUUGGAUCAGUGCUCAGAACUAUGCAUCAGCCUUACCAUGAAGCAAGGCGUCAGGGUGCCCGCAAUCUCAACCCUGUACCAUAUCAUGCUGAAUACAUGGGACACAAGAUUCAUAUGGACCAGAAUGAAAAACUGGCCAUGUUUGGAGUCACCCAUGUUUUAGCCCUUGAUGGCUUCAGCAAAAAGGUUGUUGCUCAUUCUACUAUGCCAAUAAAAAACAACCUUACCAUCUAUGAAGAUGUUUUCAGGCCUGCAGUACUUGCCCAUGGUAUCUGGGACCAGGUGCGAGUUGAUCAUGGCAAGGAGUUUUAUUUGACGCUCUUCAUGCAGGAGCUGCUGUCAUCUCAUCGCUACAAUCAGGAGAGAAGGCCUUAUUUACAGACUUCAUCCACAAAGAAUCAUAUAGUUGAACGAAUCUGGCCUGAAGUCAACAACCGUGUCAACUAUCCACUGAAGACAGCCUUACUGCAGUUGGAGGAUCAAGAGGAACUAGACAUGAACGAUGGCCUUGUGAGAUACUGUGUAUCCAACCUGACUGUUCAGUUGUGCCAGAUUGGUCUCACAAGACUGGUGGACUCAUGGAAUUCUCACCGCAUUCCAGGUAAAGGUGUACCAAACAACUUGGCUGGCAGUGGCUGUCCCAAAAAAAUCCCACAGGAGCUGCUGCCUCAUUCAGUUGAAGCAGCAGACCUUUACAGCCAACAGCUUGGAUCCUCAUUGACAACACAUUCUACUUUUGGAAUUGAUCCAUUUUCAACUGAACAGGACAAACUAACAGUUGAGAAUCAGUUUGCAGAGAAAUAUUCAGACAUUUCAGUCUUGUUCUCGAGAGCAGUGAACGAGGACUUCGCCCCAUACAAAGAAGCAGUGCUCUAUCUCAUAACAACAACUCAGCGCAAUGUGUGAAAAGACAUUUGCUGUAUUUGAACUUAGUAGACCUUUACAGCUGGGAUCCUCACUGACAACACAUUCUACUUUUGGAGUUGAUCUAUUUUCAACAGAACAGGACAAACUUGAGAGUUGAAAAUCAGUUUGCAGAGAAAUAUUCAGACAUUUCAGAAUUCUCUAGAGCAGUGGACAACAACAUGGCUCCAUACAAAGAGGCACUGCUCUCUCAUAACCACAACUUUAAAGAAUGUAAAUUAGUAACUAUAACAAUUAACUGGUGGCAAUGGAUGUUUGGUAAAGAUAAAUGUUAAUCUCACUAAAACAGUGAACAGUAAUAUGAUGUCAUCCAGCCCAAACAUGUAAAUGAAUUCACAUUACUAGUACAAGAACUCUGACCCAAAUACAACAGAACACAACAUGCCUACAGUAUUUGAGUAUGAAAGUGCAAAAUGUUACUCCUCUUCAAAAAGGGAUCUCAGAACAGAAAAUGCCUCUGACAGACCAUUAACUUCAAAUAUGUUGCUGCCUUCGGUGUUCCCUCUACAUUUUGCACAAUGCACAGAGGUCAACUGCCACUGUUCCACACAUGUUUUGCAGCCAAUAAUGCUUCGGCAACACUCUGUGAAGACUGGCUCAUCGAUGAACUCUGAAACAUAAAAAGAGAAAAACUA